AUGUCCGCCGCGACCUGCAACUUCCAUGCCUCCAAGAGCUUGGGCCGCCUGGCUGCUCCAAGCUCCGAUUUCCCGAUUUCGGCGGGGCGAGGCUCGGGCUGCUAUGGGGCGGUCUACCGUGGUGAGCUCAAGGAUGGUUCUGACGUGGCGAUCAAGGCGAUCGAUUUGAGCAUCCUCAUGGGCAAGGGUGAGUGCCCAGAGGACGCCGGCUUCGAGGAAGAGGUGCAGCUGCUGAGUAAGUUCAGGCACCCGCAUUUGGUGACUUUGCUUGGGUGGGGCCAGCACGGCUUGCAUCGCUACCUGGUGUAUGAGUACCUCUCGGGCGGGGAUGUCUUUCAAAGGCUGCACAAGUGCCACACCGGGCAGCGGACCUUCCUUUGGCAUGAGAGGCUCUCGGUGCUGCAGCACGCAGCCAGCGGCCUUUCGCACCUCCACAACUCCACGCCCAAGGCCUUCCAUCGCGACAUCAAGUCCGCCAACAUCUUGCUGGACAGACACGGCACCGCCAAGAUGGCAGACUUCGGUCUUGCCUGCACGGGCCGCCACGGCGCGCAGAACGUCACAGUGAAGAGUGUGGGAGGGACGCCCGGCUACAAGUGCCCCAUCUACGAGCGGUCUGGGCUGUGCACCGAAGGCUCCGAGGUGUACUCAUUUGGUAUGGUGAUGCUUGAGGUCAUCACGGGCCUGUCGCCCUCCUCCACUGACCCAAAGGUACCAGGAGGACUAACAUUUCCCAUCGCAGAGCGCGUGGCGCCGAACCUUCCCGGGGCGCUGCAGCGCAUGAGAACUGGAGAUGCUGUGGCAGAUUGGCCCGUUGCUCUCCUCCACGAGCUGGCUGUGUCGGCGCUGCGGUGCGUGGGCGAGGAAAGGCAGCGGCCCAGCUUUGUGGACUUGGUGCGCUUGCUCAAGAGUCUGGUGGAGCGCCACCCUUUCACCCCCCAGGUCCCGGUGCAGGCAUGGAGGUCACAAGCACGGCCAGCGCCCUGCAAGCCGCCACCUUCCGCUGUGGCCCCGCUGAGCAGCGAGGGCUACAAUGGGCCACUCUUCGUGAUGGAGCUGCUGGACUCCUGUGGCUGCAAGACAGAGGCUUUGUCUUGGAAUUGGCGCUGGCUGCCACUGCAACCUCACGGAGGCGAGUCUUCCGUUGCGGUCGGCCGGCACUUCCACGGCUCCAUCUUCGAAGCUUGGCUACCUACGCAUCAGCGUGCCUGCAUCUCCCGGAAGGCAAUGGAGAUCUCCUGGACAAAGAGGGGGGAGGCCGUCACGCUGCUGGCAACAGGGACCAAUCCUUUGCUGGUAGACGGCAGCCUUGUGAACAAAGGCAGCAGCGCGGCGUUGGGCCUUGGCUCGGAGAUCACUUUCACCUACGAGAUGAAGGUGCUGCUGCGGCUGCGCUUCAUGGCCUAUGCUGACUCCGCCUUUACGCCGCAGUGGUCGGAGCAGUGCUGCCACCAUGUCUCCCAGCUGGUCCGCCACGUGCCGGUGCUCUCAGGAGUAUCCUCGGUGUCUGAGGCCAUCGAGAGGCUGACCAAUGGCACCUCCAAGUGCCCAGAAGGACUCUGCCAGGUCCCAGCAUUUCAGGGCGCCCACCUUCUCUUCAGGAAGGACUGUCAGGAGCUGGCCCGUGUCAAGAAAGAAUGCUUGGAGGCCUGCGAGCCAGAGGAUAUGACGCUUGAAGAGCUACAAGCCCUACCCAAGCUUCUGCGACGCCCGCUGCCACAAGGGCAGGGCAUCGCGAAGAGUGAGGAGCCUUUUCGAACACUGCGUACCAGCCGCCUGCCUAGAGCUCGCUUUGCAGCUGGGCCGUAG